AUGCUAAAAAAAACAAAAAAGGGACCUCUAGUUUUAGAUCCAAUUAACGAUGAUCCCGUUGAGUUUCUUAAUCAAUUUCUAGAUUCUGAUGCUAUUCAUCAUCCGGAUGAAGUUUUUCAGUUUUCUAUUACAGAAAAGUCACGAGCUACUGUACAUGAACAAGUGAGAAGACAUCAGUUAAGUAUUUUAUCUGCAACUAAUCGUUUCGAUUAUUUAUUAGUUAAAUACAAACUUGAUCAAUUGAAACAUUUAAAUGAUUUAAUUGAUCAAGAGUACAUCAAACAGAUUUACACUGAUUGUAUUCAAAAUAUAAGUAAACAUCUCUCGGAAGAAUACGAAGAAGGUGUUUCAUUUAUGAAUCGUUGUUUAAUGAAUCAAACAAUUUUGAGUAAUGAAGAUGUUCGUCAGUAUCAAUCAUAUAUUGAUCAUGCCAAGUUAGCAGACGAACUAAGACAAACUCAUUUAGGAAAGGAAGUCGUUGAUAGUACUGCAUUCAUACAAUAUGUAAAUCAGCAAGUAGAAAUUAUGCUUAUAGAACUAAGAGAAAAAGAAAUCAAUGAUUCAUUAGUAAGAAUAAUUCUGGACAAAAUAAAACUUGUUUCGACUUUGAUUACUGAUAUUGAUCAGGAGAAAUAUAAACAAAUUUGUCAAAUUUUUGCUGAAAAAUUUGAAUCAGUAAUUAAUUCUUUUAAAAGUUCAGUAUUAUCUAAUAAGUUUGAUCAGUGUAUUAGUGAUAUCACAAAAUUACAUGAAGCAUUAACUGUUCUACAAGAUCAUUUAAAUUAUGAAGAUAUGAAAACAAAAUAUGUUCAAAUGAAAGAAUAUUUUCUUAAAUAUUUAAAUGAUUCUGUAAGAAAAUUGAAUCAUAUGUUUAAUCAAGAAAAAUUGCAUAAAAAUGAUAUAGAAAGUCUAAACAACUGUGUUUGUAUGCUAGAAACUGUUAAGAAUAUAAUUACCUUUCAACUACAUAUCUCUAAAGAAGCAAUUGAUGAUAUUUAUGAAGAUCUUUUAUCAAAAAUUUUAAAUUAUUUUGAAGAGAUUAUUAAAAAAAUUAAUUCAGAACUGAAUAAUGAAAAUGCAUUUCAUAUAUUGGAAAUAUUUUUAAUCGAAUUAGAUUCAAUCAGAAUGAUUUCUAUUAUUGAGUUUAAAACAACUCGAUCUUACUAUCGUAUAUUGGAAAAAAUAAUUGAAUAUCUACGUCAAUCAAAAAGAGAUGCUGAACAGUUAUUAACAAAUUUAUUUCGACCAGAAGGAAAAGUUAAUUAUAAUCAACUGAAAAAAUGUCUCAUGAGUUUAAAGAGUGCCCAAUGGAUAGAAAAAUAUCGAGCUGGUGCAUAUACAGAUGUCAUGAGUGAUGUUGAAGAAAAAUUUAUUGAAAAUAUGAAACAAAUGAAAGUAUCUCUUAUGGAAAUGACGUUAGAUCUUGAUAGUUAUAAUAAAAUCGAUUCAGCAUAUAAGAUAGUAUCAGAAAUGAAGGAAAUGAAAGAUUUUGAGGAAAUUUUUACCGAUGUCAAUCAAUAUUUAGUUGAAGUUCAUUCUUGGUUUGAAAAUACAAUAUAUAAUGUUUGUAAUAUUAUUAAAGAUUCAUUUAGCUUAGAAAAACUCAAGGAACAAGAACACCAAAGUCUAGAUUUCAACAAAGCUGAAAAAGCAUUUCAUUAUUUGGAUGCUUGUAAAAAAAUUCGAAUAUUAUCGAAAAAUUAUUAUAUGUCCGUCAUGAAAAGUUUGGAAGAGUGUAUCAGAUACUAUAUUAGUUUUGUUCAAAAUGAAAUGCAAAGUUGUUUUGAAAAUAUCAAACAAUUUCAAAGCACGCAUAAAGAAGAAAUGUUGGAAAAAGUUCGCACACUAUCAACUUUUCUUCAAGAAGUUCAUGAAAUAAAAACAACAUAUUCUUGUGUUUUUUCUUGUUUCUUAAAUGGAAAAAUUUUUGAACAAUGGCAACAAGAAUUAUCAAAUUACCGAAUGGAGUUAGUAAAUGAAAUGGAAACAUUAUGCAUCAUUGACCAAACUGCGGCUUUAAAGAAUAAGCUAUUGAUUGCAAAAGCAUUAAGUAGAUUAGAUAGUUUUUUGGAAGGAGAAAAGUAUAUCGAUGUUUAUAUUAGAUAUCAAAAUGAAUUUCUUUCAAAAAUGAAUAACGCUUCCGGAAAAAUAAGAGAUGCUAUUCAAAAAUAUGACUAUGAACAAGUCGCUCGUGAAUUAAUAAAAUUUAAGUCAUUAGGUGAUGUAGGAGAAGAUCUUUUUAAACAAGCUAAGCAAGCACUUAACCGAAGUUUAGAUCUCUUCAUGGAAGAAACCAAGUAUCAAGCAAUCAUGCUUGGAAAUAAUCUAGAAAUAGAAAAAAUAAAAUUAUUAGUAGAUAAUUUAAAUCGAAUACAAAAAGCAAAACAAUAUGUAUCACAAUAUCUUGAUACACCAGAUGAACUAGAUAAAUGUGUAGCAGAUGUUAAAAUAAUGAUUGAAGAGCGGCUCAAACGCUUCUUACAAAGGGUACAAGCCUUCAUCUAUGUCAAUAAUUUCUAUGAAGUUGAACAGAAAAAGGAAUAUAUAAAUUUAGUGCAUCAUUUGUUAGGUAGUUAUUGUACAAAAGUUAUUUCCGAUGAAAUCAAAAGAAUUCAAGAGCGUCAAAAUCAUGUUAUAUUGGUUGAAGUAGUUCAAAAAUAUUUCGAUAUGGAUAUUGACAUGUAUGUCUUGAAUUCACCAACAGAUAUAUUCGAAAAAUUCGAAGCAGUUAAGAACAUAAAUCCAAUAUAUAAUCAGGCCUUAAAUAAAAUAAAGGAAAACAUUGUCAGUAAAUUUAGAAAAGAAUUGGAACUCGCAAAAUUGUCGAUGCCUCCAAACCCGAACAAUAUUCAUAUAAGAAAAUUCGAGUCUGCUGUUAAGUGUUUACCAGAAGCCAUGAGAAGUGCUCUCGAAUCAGACCUAAAAUAUUGUAAGAAAGAUAUCAAUUCUAUGAUACAAAACAAUCAUAAAGAACUUCAAAAUUUGAAUAGUAGUGAAGAUUCAAAAACUAUUAAAAAUCCUCGACAAUAUCAAAGUUCACAAAAUAUGCAAUCUUUAAUUAGUCAGACUCGAGAACUUGUUUUGAUACAAGUUCAAGAAAUAGCCGAUCAAAUAAAUCAAAAUUUCGAACAACAUGAUGUCACUGAAGCAUUAACUAUUGUAAAAAUUUUAUACGAAUAUAAAAAUGAACUAGACACUAUUGUCACACAUGUUAGACAACCAUAUUCAACAGUACAAUCUCAAAUAAAAAUUAAAUUUGAGAAUGCAUAUAUUUGUUUUAUGAAUCAAUUUUUACAGAAUAAUACAUUUGAGAUAACUAAUGAAUUAGUUGAGACUAUAGAGAAAAGUUUUCUUUGUUUAAUCGAAUUUAUUAAAUUCAAAAAUAAGUUUAAAGAUCAACCUAUUUUAACUCAUACACUUCCAGAAGAUUUCAAUGAAAAGCUAAUCGUAUUGAAUAGAAAAACUACAGACUAUUUUACCAUACUUCAGAAAAAGUAUGAAGAUGCUUUAGAAAAAUUCGAUAUUUCAUCUUUGAAAGAAACAUUAGACUUUAUGCAUAAGUGGAAUUCAUUAAUUAUGAAAAUGAAAAAUGAUGUUCGAAUGUAUAAUAUCAAUGAUACUUUAGUAAAUAGUAUGAUGAAGGCAAUCAUAGCACUAACUAUUUAUCCACAUAUGUUACAUUGUGUAUCUCAAAAAUUUCAAGAAUUACAAGAUGAAAUCAUUCAUCAACAACUUAUCAAUAAGGAGACAACAGAAUCGUCCCAACAACGAGAGAAAUUUUAUAGAAAACUCAACGAGAAAUUUCUCAUUCUAGAUAAAAUUAAGUUGCUUAGUAAACAUGAAUUAAAUAUUGAUGUAAAUACAGCUAAACAAGAAUUUUUGAAAUCAUUGGAGACAAAAAUCACAGAAAUUUUUAAUAGUACACAGACAUUUUUGAGAAAAUUUUCCAAAGAAUCUGAAUUGACAAGUCAGAAUUGUCAUAAUUUUAAUUUAUACUAUGGUAAUUUAUUAUCAUAUCGACGAGAAAUGAAAGGGAUGAAUUUUAGAAUAAAUGAACAAAUUGACAAAAUAGAAAAAAUAAUUUUCGAUAAAAUUUAUACAUGGGUAUGUAUAGUUGAAAUAGAUUCAUCAGUUUCAAAUAUUUCUCUCAGUUUAAUCAACAUGAAGCGUGUUUCAAAUAAUAUUCCAUUGUUUAAGUUUAAAAUAAAUCGAAUUCUAGAACAAGCACUCAAUCAAUAUAAAAAUAGAACGAAAGGUACUAUGAAUUUUUCAAAAUUAGGCGCUAUUUUAAAUCAAGAUGUGAGUGGUAUAGGUCAAAGCAUUGUUGAUGAGAUUAAAACAUUUCAAGGUUACACAUUAUCUUUGUUUAAUGAGAAAACUCAACGGUACGAUAUUAAUUAUGUAUUAAAAAAUUUAAAGGGUGACUUUAUUGAGAUAGAUCAAUUAACAAAGAGAUAUAGAGAAUUUCAAAAUAUCUAUGAUAGUUUAAUCAAAAAAUAUUUUAAAAUUGAUAUCGACUUACAAAAAGUUAUUGCAAAUACGAAAUUAAUCGCGGUGAAUAUUAAACAGACGUCAGACGUCAACAAAUGGGACUCACAUGUAAGAGAUGGAAUUCCAAUGUUAUUAGCGCAUAUUUUUGCUUUGUGGACAUUUCAAAAUGCAAAUUAUUAUUUUAAAGCUGGAGAUGUAACGAAUCCAAACAACUAUAUUCUUAAGCCUCAUGCAGCUCAAAUAGUUUCAAUAUUACGUAUGCUCGGCAUAGGCGAUAACAAAGAAGAAUUAAGAAAUAAUUUAGUACAAAUAGACACUGGAGAGGGAAAAUCUGUAGUAUUAGGAGUCAUAGCCACAACAUUUGCACUACUUGGUUUCGAUGUAAGUUGUGUAUGUUAUAGUGAAUAUUUAAGUCAGAAAGAUUACAUAAGAUUUCUGCCGAUAUUUGAUUCAUUAGAUCUACUUCAAUAUAUUCAUUACGGUACCAUUAAUAAACUCUGUGAAGAUAUAAUUAGUCAAAAUAGUGACAUUCGUCAUAUAGUAGAACAAUUGAUAUCAAUCGGUUUUAAUAGAAUUGCACGAAAUAGCCAAUCGAAUGAACGUGCUAAAAUAUUAUUGAUUGAUGAAGUUGAUGUUUUCUUUAGUCGAGAUUUUUAUGGUAAUGUAUAUAUACCAUCAGCUAACUUACGAGAUCCUACUAUUACAUCACUAAUCAAUUUUAUUUGGUCACAAAGAAAAUCAAACUUAAAACUCAAUCAAGUAGAAGCUACAGCUGAAUAUAAAGCUUGUUGUCACACAUUUCCAACUUGGGAACCUUUGAUUCGAGAAGCUGUCAAAGAUAUCAUUGAUGAUGUACAUAACUUUGAGUCUUAUGAUUAUGUUGUUAAGGAGGAUAAAAUUGGAUAUAUAGAACAGGAUAAUAUCGUAUACAAUGUUGUUUAUAGUUAUAAAACUUUAUUUGCAUAUUAUUAUGAGCACGAAAAAGGUCAAAUAAGUAGAAAAAGUUUAGAAGAAAAAAUAAGUAUAAGAAUAAAGUGUGGUAGUUUUUCAUAUGCUGAGAUACCACUUCAGUUUAAAUAUAUAAUGGGUGUUACAGGAACAUUAGAAACUCUAAGUGAUCCUGAAAAACAAAUUAUACAAAAUGUGUAUAAAAUUGGAAAAAAUACAUAUAUUCCAUCGAUGUUUGGCAAAAAGAAUCUUAUGUUUAGAAUAGAAGACGAUAUCAUAAUUGAAAAUAGUAAUGAUUAUUUCAAUACUAUUAAAAGAGAAAUUGAUAAUAGAUUAGUAGGCAAAUCAUCAGAAAAACGUGCUAUAUUAGUUUUUUUUGAAUCAAAACAAAGAUUAAAAGAAUUUUAUGAGUCAAAGGCUUUAGAAACAAUAAAACAAUCAGUUGCUUAUUUAACAGAAGAAGCAUCUUCAGAAGAAAAAGAAAUUGCAAUUAAACGUGCCACUGCCUCUGGCCAAAUAACUUUAUUUACUAGAACUUUCGGUAGAGGAACCGAUUUCAUAUGCUAUGAUCCUAGUGUUACUGCAAAUGGUGGCACUCAUGUCAUUCAGACAUUCUUUUCAGAACACUUGUCAGAAGAACAACAAAUCAAAAGUAGAACUACCAGACAAGGUGAUUAUGGAUCUUAUAGUAUGGUAUUACUUGAUGAUGAUUUGGAAAAAUUUCUCAUUCAAAAGGAGGAUAUUGAAAAUGUUAAGAAAGGUAGAGGAAUUCAAGUUUGUCUUCCAGGUUCGCCUGUUUCGACAAAAUUCUAUAGGACAAUAUACGAUCUUCUUCAUGAUAAACGUACUAUUUUAUUUAAAACUCUAUAUGAAACUAAUACAAAAUUUAUUCGACAGAUGAAAGAAAGGCAUGAGGCUACUCAAAAAUUUCUACUAAAUCUCAAUUUUGGAGAGGUCGAUUUCGCCAGAACAUUUUUAGUAAAAGAAAAUCAAGGAGUGGAUACUAUUUCCCAUCAGUCACGGACAGUUUCCUUAAAGGAAGAUAAAAAAGAGAAGGCUUCUGUUGAAACAUAUAGACAAAAAUUUGUGAAGUCCUAUACAUAG